AGUGAGAACUUAUUACCUUCCACUGGGUCCCUCCAGUGACAUGUGGAGAUUAUGGGAAUUACAAUUCAAGUUGAGAUUUGGGUGGGGCCACAGCCAAACCAUAUCAGAAUGCUUCUGCCACAACACUUCCUCUUUAUUCUGUGGUUAACAAUUUUGAGUUAAAACUAGAUUGCUGCUUUGAGAAAUGAACCCUGUCUACAGAGAGGGCAUUCUGUUCAUGUCUGAGAGAAAAUGUUUCAUUCAAUUGAAAUAUUCUCAUCCUCAAAAUGUGAUAACAGUGCACCCAAAAGCCACCGGAAGAUAGAUUAUGAGAAAGACCCAUUAAUGCUGACCUUGAAGUACCAGAGUGCAGAAAGAGGGGAAGGAGCACCUAUUCUGUGUAGAUGAGGGUCAGGUACAUUUUCAAAGCCAGACAAUCUGGAUCAAUCGAGAAAGAGGGAAAGUGACACAUUUGCAAAUUUGGAUUGAUAUUAUAUAAAUGAACUCUUGAUUAUCCACAUGGUGACCUACAGCAAUAACAAAUGUACACACACCCUAAGUUACAUAGGCAUGCCUUUAACCAUACCCACACGUGCUGGGGAAUGUUAGAUAGGCAGGGGGAAUGCAAGGUGAGUGAGAUUUCUGAUGAUGCAGAGGAAGAAUGCCAAAUUGCUAGGUUUCUUGUUUUCCACUGAGACUCCUCAGCUGGGUAUGUUUUGAGGUAGGUAUGAAAACACUGUGACUUCUGUGGCUUUCCUUGUGAAGAAGUUAAAACGUGUAAUAUUUGCUUUUAAAAGAUGACACGUUUAUCAGUCUUCUAGCCACGAUUGUUUAAAUUCUGAUGCCUUCCUGUUGGGGAGAAACUGUCAGAAGUUGUGCUUUCAUCUAUGUUCUGAAAGUGCCUUAUCCCUUCUAGUGUUGAAAAGGUUGAUGCAAAAAUAAAAGAACCCACAAGAAAGUGACACCAAGAUUUCUCAGGACUUUCUUACUAACUUUGCUUCUUCACCUAAUACAUUAGGAGACAAAAAGUUACCUUUGUCAUUUUGGUUUUUGUUUUUAUUUCUUUUUACUUUGCUAAUCUUUUGAAGAGUCUUCUUGUACUUCACGUCCCCACAUUACCGCAGUUGAAGGGGAACCUUUCUAUCUGAAAUAUUGCUCGUCUUCACAUGCACAUGCGAUUGAAGCAAACACCGGAAGAUGGCAAAAAAGCAGUGGAUCACAGAAACGUGUGGAGCUGAACCCAAGCAGUUCACCAAGAAUUGGUUUGCAAGAUCAUGCUUUGGAGUUUUGGCCUGUUGAGUUGAAUGACAUGGGAUCUUACUUUUUCCAAAUGGGAACUGUAAAAAGCUACUGGAGAACAAGGAAAACCCAAUGAUAAAGAAGAAUGCUGAGUUUGAAGAUCAGGGAUAUUACUCCUGCGUGCAUUUCCUUCAUCACGAUGGAAAACUAUUUAACAUCACCAAAACCUUCAAUAUUACAGUAUUGGGAGAUAGCGGUUAUAUAGUUCCGGUUCUUCUUGGAUCAAAGCUUAACCAUGUUGCAGUGGAAUUAGGAAAAGAUGUAAGCCUCAACUGCUCUGCUUUGCUGAAUCAAAAGGAUAUACUUUAUUGGAUGUAUGACAAUGGAUCGGAUCUUAAUGUACAUGAAGAGAAAGAAAUAAGAAUUAUGACUUCAGAAGGGAGAUGGCAUGCUUCAAAAGCCUUGAGAAUUGAAAAUAUUGCUGAACACAAUCUAAAUUUUGCAUAUAAUUGCACUGUGACCAGCACAGGAGGCACAGACACCAAAAGCUUCAUCUUGGUGAGAAAAGAAGCCAUGGCUGAUAUCCCAGGCCACAUCUUUACAAGAGGAAUGAUCAUAGCUGUUUUGGCCUUGGUGGCAGUAGUGUGCCUAGUGACUGUGUGCAUCAUUUAUAGAGUUGACUUGGUUCUAUUUUAUAGACAUUUAAUGAGAAGAGAUGAAACAUUAACAGAUGGAAAAACGUAUGAUGCUUUUGUGUCUUACCUAAAAGAAUGCCGACCUGAAAAUGGAGAGGAGCACACCUUUGCUGUGGAGAUUUUGCCCAGAGUGUUGGAGAAACAUUUUGGGUAUAAGUUAUGCAUAUUUGAAAGGGACGUAGUGCCUGGAGGAGCUGUUGUUGAUGAAAUCCACUCACUGAUAGAGAAAAGCCGAAGACUAAUCAUUGUCCUAAGUAAAAGUUAUAUGUCUAAUGAGGUCAGGUAUGAACUUGAAAGUGGACUCCAUGAAGCAUUGGUGGAAAGAAAAAUUAAAAUAAUCUUAAUUGAAUUUGCACCUGUUACUGACUUCACAUUCUUGCCCCAAUCACUAAAGCUUUUGAAAUCUCACAGAGUUCUGAAGUGGAAGGCUAAACAUUCUCUUUCUUAUAACUCAAGGUUCUGGAAGAAUCUUCUUUACUUAAUGCCUGCAAAAACAGUCAAGCCAGGUAGAGAGGAAUUGGAAGUCUUGCCUGUUCUUUCAGAGUCUUAAUCUUCAGAAACGCUGAAUGCCAAAAAGAACUUGAGAUAUUCUGGGGACUGAGCAUAUGAACCUGUUUGUUACAAAGGCUGUGACUCUAAAUAUUUAACUGUAAAAAUCCUGCUCACAAUUUGAAGAGGAACCUUGUCGGGAGUAAGACUAAAGGUUGAACUGUGGGCUGUGGCCAUGUGCUCCCAGAAGACCUGGAAUUCAAAAGAAAUGGAGCUUUUCUUUUUCUCCCUCUUCCAUAACUGGGUGCAGCUGCUCAUACUUAAUCCCAUAUUCAGCAAGUGUGAAGCUGGGCAUGAUGCAAAAUAACCUAUGCCUUACAAAAAGGGCGCAUCUCCAAGAGUUUUAAUCCCAGUGAUUAAAUGAGGGGAUUUUAAGCGCACGAAGAGGCAUUUUCUAGGGACCAGUGGGUGACAGAGUAACUGAAAUGCUGCUUUCACUCCCUAACACCGUGGAUCUGGUUGUGCAUGGGAUGUGGGAGGAGGGGCUGGCAGGGCCUCAGCCUCAGGAUGCAUUUAAUGUAUCCCAGCCACAGUUGCAGCCCAGUGGUUCUUGAGAGCCCAGUAAGGCCCUGCAAUGCAGAGCCUGCUUAUGAGGAUCUAUUUUGGGGAACUUCUUAAAAGGACCCCCGAAUACCUUUUUAUUUUUCACAAGAGACACAAAUUCUAAUUUAGAGAAUUAUCUGGGCCUUUCACUUUUGAUGUUUUGAAACAUUUGUUGAUUUCGUGUGAAUGUUUAUAUCAAAAUGUUUGCCAGAUUGUAUCAGCCAUUGAAUAGCAAAACAAACAAACAAACAAACAAAAAAACCCUGAUAGUUACUUGCUUGGUUUUUAAAAGUUACAUAUUUAAAAUGCCGCUAGCAUGAAGGCAGCAUGGUGUGGCUGUUAAGAGACGGACUGUGGAGUCCAUCAGGAGCUCCAAUCCUGAGUUUGCUGUUUACUUUUGUGACCUCUGGAACUUUAUCCAGUCUCUCUGUGCCUCAGUUUCCUCAUCUGUAAAAUUUGAAUUUAUGAUAAUUGGACCUAUAUCCCAAGGUCCAAAUAUAAGUACUUACAAUGGUUCCUGGCACAGACUCAGCAGUCUGUCAGUGUUGCCAUAACUAUUUUUAUCAUCAUUAUUAAUGAUUACUUAGAUCAGUUAUUUAGCAGUGGACUAUUGGAAGCUACAGAGCAGAGAAGGGAAGCAGAUCUAGGGAGGACAGCAGCUUUGAUUUGAGGAUGUUUGCACACGUAGAAAAGCAUAUUGGAGAAGUGUAUCCAGAGGGCAAAAGAUAUUCCUCCAUUGAACAUCCGCCUCUUUUAACGUUGAAAGACACAUGUCUUUCUCCCUAAGGGAAGCCCAGCACUGGGAGCCUUCUUGAUGAUCUCAAAAAUACUGGCUAUCCAAGAAAACCACUGAGUGACUGUGAAACCAUCAGUUUGGAAGCCUGGUUAGAACACACGGGAGAAACGUGAAUGUUCUACAAAAGUUUAAAGCAGAGACUGUUUCAAAUAGAUGUGGUAGAUAUUACUGAAAACCAAAGAAGAGUGAAAUUGCAUGUGUAAGAAUGUGAUUUAAUGUUUGUAGUGCUUACAAUUUUGUGCACCAACUGGAGGGCUAAAAAGGAGAAAAUAAUUUAAUAGCUCAUAUUUUAUGUGUGAAAACAUAUUAGCAAAAAUAUAUGAUUAAAAUAAAUUUUAUUGCUAUAGCAUAGUCUCUAAUACAUAGAAUAAUUUUGCUUUUCUCUUUUAUUAUACUUGCUUUAAAAUAAUUGAGACAUAUUUUGUAUUAAAUUCAUUUCAAAUUAAAUGCGUUAAAUGUAUACAUUAGAUGUGUGCUUUAAAAUGCAUAAAAUACUUUGAAAUACAUUAAUUAACUAUUGUUCUAAUGCCUUUAUUUUUUAAAUGUCUUCACGUCUUUUUCACUUACUUUAAGAUUCCAAUUCCUCAUUCACAACAUGGACUUCUACCUGUUUUAAUAGAAUAUGGGCACCUCUCUCUCUCUCUCUCUCUUUUUUUUUUUUUUUUAGAAAGAAA